CAUGGAGGAGCCGCGGGGGGCGCGGGGCUGGGAGGGGGGCGCGGGGCCCGGGGAUGGGCAGCGGGACCGGGACCGGGACCGGGACGGGGACCGGGGUUGGGACUGGGAUCAGGACCAGGACCAGGACCAGGACCGGGAUUGGGACGAGUCCGCCCCGCUGCUGCCGCCGCCGCCCAGCAGCCAGCCCCCCGGCUCCUCCUUCGGCUGCGCGGUGCUGAACCUGAUGAACGCGAUCAUGGGCAGCGGGGCGCUGGGCUUGUCCUUCGCCAUGGCCAGCACGGGCGUCCUGGGCUUCAGCAUCUUGCUGCUGAUAGUUGCUAGCCUUGCCUCUUACUCUGUGUUUCUUCUGCUCAGUAUGUGCAUUCAGACUGCUGUCAUGUCUUAUGAAGACCUUGGCCUGUUUGCAUUUGGAUCAACUGGAAAGGUCCUUGUUGCAACUACAAUAAUUAUCCAGAAUAUAGGAGCUAUGUCAUCUUAUCUUUUAAUUGUUAAGUCUGAACUUCCUGGUGCUGUUGCGGGCUUCUUGAGUGGAGACGAGAGCGGGUCCUGGUACCUUGAUGGGAGACUGCUGCUUCUCAUUACUUCGGUCUGCAUUGUUUUUCCCCUUGCACUUCUUCCUAAAAUUGGCUUUCUUGGCUACACAAGUAGUUUAUCAUUUUUCUUUAUGGCGUACUUUGCUCUUGUGGUUAUGAUAAAAAAGUGGUCCAUCCCUUGUCCUUUACCUCUGAAGAGUGCAAUAGAACCUUUACAGGUUUCAAAUUCUACUGCAGAUUGUAAAGCAAAGCUCUUUCAUCUUUCAAAAGAGAGUGCUUAUGCAAUACCAACUAUGGCAUUCUCUUUUCUCUGCCAUACCUCCGUCUUGCCGAUUUACUGUGAGCUCCAGAGUCCAUCCAAAAGUAGAAUGCAGAAUGUAACUGUCACAGGAAUUGGCCUGAGUUUCCUAAUUUACUUUAUGUCUGCUUUGUUUGGGUAUCUGACAUUUUAUGACAAAGUAGACUCUGAAUUGCUGCAAAGUUACAACAAGUACCUGCCACAUGAUACUGUCAUCCUGACUGUUAAAUUAGCCGUACUGUUUGCUGUGCUUUUGACAGUCCCUCUAAUCCACUUCCCAGCAAGGAAAGCAGUAUUGAUGCUAUUUUUCUCUCAUAUUCCUGUGUCAUGGAUUUGCCAUAUCUUUGUCACUUUAGCACUGAAUACAAUUGUUGUUUUGUUUGCCAUGUAUGUGCCAGACAUUAAAAACAUGUUUGGAGUAGUUGGUUCAACCACGUCAACAUGUUUGCUUUUUAUAUAUCCUGGACUAUUUUAUCUGAAGCUUAGCAGAGAGGACUUUCUAUCACCACAGAAACUUGGGGCAUGUGCACUGGUUAUUUUUGGCAUUUGUGUUGGUCUUCUCAGUUUAGUUCUAAUAAUUUUCAAUUGGAUUAAUCAGUAACAGCAUAUUGUUACUGACUGAAGUGGGCUUCAGGAGGACAUCAAGAACCAGAGAUAUGUCAAAACUACUGAAAUGAAUGCUGAACAUCCUAAAGAAAUCACUGUCGAAGAAAUAAUCCUCUGGUUUUUAGUCCAUUAGUAAGGUUCUUUCUUUAAUCUUGAGAAGGAACUCACUUCAGUUAUUGCACAGUAAGUCUUUGUCAUUCUAAAAUAUUAGUUUUUAAUGAUGUAAUCAUGACAGGUAAAAAGAUCUCUUGAGAAUUUCUGCAAUGCAAAAACAGUUUAGUGCACAUGGUGAACAAAAGCAGAACCUUGAAAUAACUUUUCUUUUAGAGAGAAUGAUAUGGACAGAUUUUAUAUCAAUCAUGAUGUGCAUGCCACACAUUAUCCUAACUGUGAAAGACUUCUGUUGCUUGAAUAAUUUCCAAAACUUCAGCCAGUUCAUAUAAAGAACUUCCUGAUUCCAAAUGUUCACCCUAAUUUAUCCAAAUAUGGAUUCAGAAACCAAGAGCCUUAGCCCAGUUUAAUGGGCACAUCGUGGUAAUUGUUUUCUUGAAUACAGUUUUAUACCUCUGUGUACUUGAAUCAUAUUGAAGUAAUUUUUAAAUUAGAAGCUUUUGCCCAUCUAGCUUAAUAGGUUUUAGUAGCAUUAGGAAGUCUCAAUUUUCAAGUUAAAAAUAGAUAUCUCUCAAUUAAUGUCUGCUUUUGAAUGUUAUUCAAUCCACCUCACUAUUCCUGAUGGUGGAAAACGUUUCUUUUUCUCUCUUACUCCCAUUUCUACUAGUGUUUCAUGUUUGAAAUAGAGCAUAUCUAUAUGUUAUGUACUGCUGUGUGUCAGAGGAGGUUUGGGCUUGAAAUGUGAAAUUCUGCCUGUGUUGAAGUCAAAGGAAAUUUUACGUUUAUGGGACCUUAGUUUUACCUCAGAUCUCUAAAAUUUAAUGUACACUUCUGUAAUUCUUUCUUGGUCUAAAUGGAACGUGACUGCAAUUUUCAACACCAACUGGGCUCUGGUAUGUAUGGUAUUGGGUGCCCACCGCAAAAGUUCCUCAUAUCUUCCACUGCUUUCAUUCUACUAAUAUCAUGGUAAACCUUCUUAAAUUUGUUACUAUCAGAUGGAACAGGAUGGCUUUAAAAUAACCUAAUCUCUUUAGAGACUAUAUGCCCUAAAGAAGUUAAGCCUCCCCAGGAACGGCUUGCGUAAAGUUAAGAAAUUAGACCUCAGACUCAAAUGGCUUGAUUUAGAGAGUGGGAAAGUUCUUCAUCAUUUCCAGAUGCAGUAUUUCUUUUAAUUUAGGUUAGCACUUUUACAUCUGAGAAUUGGUAUAAGACACAAGCAAAACAUAGCAAAGUAAUUUAUCUAUGUAAUUUGGACGCAGCUAGUAAGUGCCAUUUAUAUUUUCUUUCUGUCCAUAAGGUGCACAGUUAGCACACCUUUCUCUAGCUGGAAAAUCCUGCUGAAACAAUGCUGUUAAUAUGUUGAUGUAUGUUUUAUCAUUUGAGAUAGGGAAGAUGCCCCAGUAAAUUGGCAUUUCUAACUUCUUAGCAGCAGGUCUGUGUUAUUGAGCUCCAGUGCAAACAGAUCACUCAACUCUCGGGAUCUGUAAGAUGUUUUUCACUUCUGAUAGAUGGCCUGAAGGCACCCAGGUGGUGUUGGUUGUGCAGCUUGGUACUGCUUCAGGAAUCCUUUGUGCCUCGGGAAUUUUCUUCUGCUUAGGAGUUUAAUACAGAAAUAGACUUGAGUGGUGAAGCACAGGCAGUAACUCAGAAGUUUUGUUGAAUCCCCGUUCUGUAGGAAUUGGUAUACUAUCUUCUGGAAAAGAUUGCAGUCAUUUUUAUCACAAAGCUUCUAGCAGAGGUUUCAUGAUGCAAGGUGAGCCAUCUAAGAGUUUGUCACUUCCAGAAACAGCAUUCCACUCUUGGCCAGAAGGUCACAACUCCUUCUAGGGCACCAGCACUGGCGGUGGCUCCUGCUCAGUGUGUUUAACUAGCAGAAAGCCCGUGUGACCAGGAGAUGUGACAAGUUAUCUGCCAAAAAAAAAGAGUGAGCUCUUUUAGGGUGGAGGGAGUAGGACUGCCUUUUUGUGCAGCAGCAGCCACUAGAUGAGUGUUUUUCUCACAAACCUCACACUUGACCUGCUGAAGCAAUCUGUGCACACAGAGCAUGCCUCCAACUCAAGAGGUCUCUGGCCUCCUGGGAUCGAGGGGUCAAUCAGACAGCUUCUCAUCAUUGUGUGAGUAUUAGGGAUUGAGGCUCUGCAUCUUGCCUUUGUUCUCGCAGUUCUUUUUCAACUCUGCAUAACCAGGUAUAGCCACCUUACUGGCUGUGGCUACCCUCUAAUAGCUGUUUGAUAGGCUUUGGGGUUCACUAUAGAGGUGAACUAUAGGGGUUCAUCCACACUGGCUUUCUCUUGACAGUAGUGUAAGAAGCUAAAAAUCUGCUUUCUUAAAGUGUAUCUUGAGAAAUCGAUGAUAGCAGUAGAUCAAGAAAUUAUUUUCUGACUGAACCAAAACUUUUUAGGAAAACAGGAGAUGUGUCAAUGAAGUAUAGAUGUUUUGGUUUUGGGGUUUGUUUGUGUUUUUUUUUUUUUUUCCAGAUGCUAGGAAUUAGGAGGAAUAUUUCUUAGAAUUGGGAGGUUUUAUGGAAAUUCUUUCUCAUUUAUCAUAUGCUCUUGUAGUUUACUAUUGAGUGGAAGUUGUAAGACAUCAUUGCAGUCACUUUAUUUUAAACUCUAAACAGCAGGACUUAACAAAGAAGAUUUAUAUCAUCUGUGAAGGUGCUGAAAGUUGUCAAAGUUUUGCUAAGCCUUUGCUCUUACUUUCUCCUGAAAAAGCUGAGUCUUGCCCUGCACUGCAAUCCUCUGCUCGUACGCAGACAGCUGGGUUUGUGUACAUCAUGUUAAAAAAUGGGGACUCACAGAAUACCUGAAAUAAGGUGUCAGUUUUACAGUUGAUCCCUGUAAUGCUAUGGAAAUCACUACAAUUGUUUUUAAUCCGUGGGUACGCAAGCCUGGCUAUUAACUAACUGUCCUGGUAGGUAGGCUCUGGAAUGAUGAAUACCAGUGUGUGAAGUUAAUACACUGUGAGGAUGAAGGGAAGCAAUUUGCACCUCUGCUGGAGCUCUGUUAUUACAUUUUGGCUGCAGUACAGGAAGGAUAGGAGCACAUGGCUUUGCAGAAUGCGUUAUCUUCCACUUGAAAAGAGAUGGAAAUACUGCUACUUUUAAGAAGCUUGGAUGAUACAUAACUUAAAAUGUGGGGAGAGGGGCAGAAAGAGAAAGGGCUCAGAAAAAGGUGCAAGCAUUUUCCACUAUGAAAAAACAAAGCAAGAACACUAUUUUUAUCCUCUGAAUCUCCCACAGACUCUUCUGUUCAUUAUGGCUGUGUAAGGGUUUCACUACCGUUGUACACAAGCAUGAGGUUUUUUGAGCUGAAUGUACACCUGCUCUGGAGCUUUCUGCUGAGUCAUGUGCUGCUAAAUAUAUUUUUCUUCUUGUGUACAGAUUUUGUUGGCUAUAUUUCCACAUUUCUAAAUUUUAGUGGUUCUACUUUAUUAUCUGUAGCUACCAUUUCUGAACUCACUUGGCAACGUUGCCUUUCCCCAGAUGAACAAGAAGAACAAUGUAGAGAUGAAAAUUAUUUGGUAGCCUUUGAUUUGUUUCCACUCAUUCUCCUAUUUCCAUACCUUGCCAGUUUAAGAGCUGCUCACGUUUCAGAUGGACUGUGGUAAACUGGGUGCGGAGAGUGUGCAAGCAGCAUUACAGAAAUGAGUACUGCAAAACAAGAGUGUUCUUAACCUGUCUUAGUAUUGUGGCAAAUGCUCCUGUUUUACUCCAUGUUUCUAAGCAGUUUGCAUUCUUAAUACUCACCUUCAUUGCAGUAAGUUUGUUUAAAAUUUUUUCAUGGCCCUGUGUAGUGAAAACUGAGACACUGAAACCAUCCUGUUCUCUCUGUCAUUCCUUUCCCCUUCCCUCCAUUUCAGUUUUGCAUUAAUCACAGAAUUGUAGGGGUUGAAAGGGACCUCGAAAGAUCAUCGGGUCCAACCCCCCUGCCAAAGCAGGUUCCUUAGAGCAGGCCAGUUCUGUGGCUCUGGGCAGGAACGUGCCACUAUGAGCACUCCACAUGGUCAUUAUGGGGAGUGCAGCGUGGGUGAAUGGUCUGCCCUUAGUCAUGCCUUGUGGCUCUGGUUUUCACUAGGUGUCUACAGCUGGUCAUUGCCAAAGGUCAGUGCUAGAUGCAGGCAAGCCUUUAUGGUGUGUGCCCGUCAUGUCUGUCCUUGUAAGAAUUUGUCUUUUUGGAACAUGGAGAUAUCAUAACUUAGUAACAGGGGAAGCCUGUGCUGAUCUGGAGUUCUUAAAUCAUUUUUGUCACACGGAGUGUACUCAAGGUGCCAUAUUUCCUGCCCCUGCGAUCCUCCUAAUGAGGAAAAAUGCGUGAUGGUCCAAUUGAGCUGCUAGGGCAAGUGCUGAAUCCUGCCCAGCUUGUAAACGCAUUGUUUCCAUGAGGGAGGAUAUGGGCUUGUACUUCAUUACUGUAUGAACAGUAUGUUCAUUACUGGUGCUGCACAAAUAAUCACUUCGGUAUGGAUCUGGAAGUCAGUGCUCCAAAAGCUGCAGUGCAGGGAGGCUGCAAGUACCUCCACUGGCAUCUCCCUUGGGCACCAGUAGAGCAGGAUUACUGUGGGCUUUUUGCCUGACCUAAUAUGGCCAGUUCUGUUUAAAAUAAAUUCCUAAAAUUAAUUUUAGGAUUAAUCGUAAAGAACACGAACCAUUUUCAUUAGCAUCAGCUGAUGCUCUUUCAGUAUUACAUAGGAUAUGUGAGGACAGAAUCGUGCCUGUUUUGGAUACAAACGAUUAAUUGCUUUGCCAUCGAUGCAGAUGUGUACCUUUCUCGUAAGCCAGCUCCCGAGCUCUUACUGAGCCAAAGUGAGGUUCAAAAUUCUGAAUCCUGCUAAUUCAGCAGCCUGGGAUCUUUAUUUGGCUUACAUUGAUAUUUGUAUAAACAACAGAAGGGGAUGGACAUUUUACCACUGCAAAUGCUUGAAGAUAAUCAAGUUGUUUCCAAAUGUCCCUACGGGGAUGAAGAUUAGUGUUACCUCUGUAGUGGGCAUCCUAAUGUGCUCUCAGAGAUUCAACUUUCGAUCAGCCCAGGAGCUAAAGUAACAUUGAUUGCUGCAGAACUCCUUUCCUAAUUAGAUUUAACACUUAACCCAAAAUUGUUGUUUUACAGUUGACUUCAAUGUUGAAAGCAUUCAUUAUAGUUGUUCUGCGUACUGAGAAACCGUGAGGCAUAUCACUGCCUAAUGACUGCCAGUGGCAGACAGUUUUCAGUAUUAAAAAAGAGCUGCCUAACUUCUACAGUUUGUGGUGAUGUUUUUUGUGUUUGUGUUUCAGUAGUGCUCAUUCAACCGUGCUUAAUGUGGAGUUGAAAUUCUGUUGAAAAUAAAAAAUAAAAAUCAUCUGUAUGUAAAAAAGGCCUAGCUGAUGUCUGACCUGUGUGUUGUGCAACAUGUUUCCUAUUCUGAAUUCCCUGUGGAACAGCUAGGGUAUGUUCCGAAAAAGCAGAAAAUAAAGAACAGUAUU